GACCGCGAGUGCUAGGUGAUAGUGGAGUUGUGGUUAGGUUAGGUUGUGCUAUACUUCGGAUAUACACUAAGACUGACAGAAGAUGAAGCCUACAGUGCUGCUGUUAGUGGUCACCUACUGCACAUCAGUUUUUUCUUUCUCCAGUGAUGAGAAGUUCAUUAAAAAAUACGCUAUGAUGAAGGUUUACGAAAGCUGCUUCGGCCCGGAUGUGGUGAAGGAGGUUCGUAAGGAGAUGAAGGUCGCUACGGCAAAGUGCACUGGACUCUCAACGACUCCUCUGAAAAUACAACACUUCGAUCCUCCGCAGCACCACAACCUGGUUAAGACUCAACCCGGAAACUCUCAGGUUCACAACAUAGCGCUGAGUGCUACCAAGCCCCCCGCUACACCAGCCCCACCCCCCGCCUCUGAGAGUGCCACCCCUGGCUUCGACCUCAACAAGCUUCAACAAGUCAUCAUGUCAGGAUACAACAAGCACGCACAGCACACGACAUAUCAACAACAACCGCAGCCGUCCCAGCAGAGUCAGUUCACGCCAAACCAUAACCCCUACCUACACGCAGGACUGACAAACUCUGUUUAUCAACCCCCAGCCUACAACCCUUACUACCCUCCACCUGGUGGAUACUACCCACCACCUGCACCAUACUACCACUCUCCGUUCUACCCUCCGUACUACAGAGGACAACGCACUUCUAGAGACUUUGACAUCCGAGGCCAGUUGGACAGUCUGGCUGCCAAGAUGACAGGCAAAGUGCGAAAUGUCACUUGUGUCAUGCAGGAGUUGGGUUAUCUGGAUGAGAACCUAGAGCCAGCCUAUGACAAGAUGAUUGACAGGAUCAGCCGACUCCCCAUAGCCGAGGACCUCAAACGAGACAUGACGGACGGUGUAAACUUCUGUAGACAGUUUGCACAAUGUGUCCCAGACGAGAGGAAGGACAAACUCGCGAGAGAAAUGGUCCGACCAAUAUUCUUCUUCCGUUGUUAUAAGCACAAGAAAUUGGAGGCUUGCAUCAUGAAGGAUGUAAGAGACAAAUACAACCCAGGCGAGGACAUCGGAGAAGACAAUCUACCUGGCGGUGAAAUGAGGUCACUCAAGAACAAGAAGAGGAAGAAUUUGGAAGACGACGACGCAACAGCAGCGGCAGCUCUCGAACUGCUGGAAGCCGAGAGGUCAUUCAAUCUAGACGAUAUUCUCUAACUCCACAUCUUCAUCUGUAGUGCUGUGCGACUAACCUUCGAGAACAUAAUCUUUAAAAUAAUGAAUCCACAAGAGGCCAUAUGCUCUUGAAAAUUUAGUUUUAAAUUAUUACUAACUUUACAAAGUAACGGAAUAUUACUGGCAAGUCUUAAUAAGCAUUGACAAGCACUGAAUGUAGUUAUUUAGACAUAAUAUUAGAAGCUAUUGUAAAACAUCAAACUAUGAACAUUAGGCUAUUUAAGUACAAAAUUCUCUUCUGUGCUUCUAAUUCCUUUUGUUGACCACAAGGAGCCCAAUAAUGAUUUUCUUGGGAAAAGGUUUUAGAAGGAUUAACACUUUGAGUUUAAAGUCUCUAAAGAUCUAACAUACUUUGCCAGAUAAGCCAAGCAAUUUAUUUUAUAAGAGAGUUUAACAUCCAAAUGUUAUGUGUUACUAACUUAACGAUUUAAAAAUUUUCCACCUCAAGUAUGGCAUAGCCAUCUUAAGUAUUUGAAGAUACUAAUGGUCUUAACAAAAUUUGUAAAGUGAAAAAGGAGGAUAAAUAUUUUUUUGUAAAAGGUAUUCCUCCUUACAAUUAAUAAGCAACUAAAUAAAUAUCAAGAAUUGUUACACAUUAAUGUAAAAUACUUGUAGCAAAUCGAAGGAUUUUUGCACGCCUCUACUAAAAUCGUGGAAUAGAAAAGCCCAGUGCAAUAUGAUUUGACAAGAGUGUGCGAGUACAACUUAUCUUUUUUCGUGUUUUGUGUCAUAACUAUAUUCUACAAAACUGUGAUUAAUUUAAAUAACUUAUGUAUUAGAGUAGAUUUAUUUAUUGUAAAUUAUUUAUUUAUUUAAUAAAAGAACUUCUUAAAGCA